AUGCCAGUUUGGAGGCUGGGACCGGCCGGCGCCAGCGUGGACGCGGCGGCUCUCUGGCUGGAGAGCCAGGCUUGCUUUCCCUGCCCGCUCUGGACGUGCACGGUGCUGGAAGACCCAGAGACCUCCCGUCCCUGCGUGGCCGAGGGCUCCGGCUGCGCAUUCCUGAAUUCACCCCAGCCUUUCCGGGCUCCGUCCCUCGCCUUCCCGCGCACGUUUUCGGAGCGUUUUACCGUGUUCCCGGAUUCAAACGCGGCUGGCGAGCGAGACGUUUUCUGCACCGUGCUGGCGGAGAGAGCAGGUUUGGGGAAGCAAGUGGGGUGCUCCAGCAGCUCGUCGGCCUUCCAGCCAGGGGACCGUGCCAGCCCGCAGCCGCUGCUCACCGUCUUUGGCCUAGUGCUUUGGAAGCUCAGUCUCAAAGAGGCUUUUAAAUUCAUUACGGUGAACAACACCGGCCUGCUCUGCCCCCAGCAGCGGUGUCAGCGGGCAGCAAAGCGUGCCGCUGCCUCGGGUCACAGUCCGGAGUCUCAGCCCAGGCCUGUCUUGGCAGGCGUCUUUGCCAGCGUGCCGGACUGCGGCACAGGCAUGUGUUCCCUCUGCCGCGGGGAGACGAUUGCUGACAGAAACGUGAAGAGAGCCGUGUGCCGCCUGCGGCGCCUCCUUCCUGGAGGGAAGGAUUCGUUGGAUCUGGUAGUCAUCUGCCGCCGUUGGAUCUGGACGUCCUUUCUGAAUGGGGUGAAUGUCGAAGGAGCAACGCACAAGCAAGUGGUGGACCUGAUUCGCGCAGGAGAGAAGGAGUUAAUUCUGACGGUGCUGUCCGUGCCUCCCCACGAGGCAGAUAAUCUCGAUCCAAGCGAUGACUCUUUGGGGCAGUCAUUCUACGACUACACAGAAAAACAAGCUGUGCCCAUCUCCAUCCCCACGUACAAGCACGUGGAGCAAAACGGCGAGAAGUUUGUGGUCUACAACGUUUACAUGGCGGGCCGCCAGCUCUGCUCGAAGCGGUACCGGGAGUUCGCCAUCCUGCACCAGAACCUGAAACGGGAAUUUGCAAACUUCACUUUUCCGCGUCUCCCAGGGAAGUGGCCGUUCUCUUUGUCGGAGCAGCAGCUGGACGCCCGGCGGCGAGGGCUGGAGGAGUACCUGGAGAAAGUGUGUUCGAUACGCGUCAUUGGGGAGAGCGACAUCAUGCAGGAGUUCCUGUCGGAGUCGGACGAGAAUUACAAUGGCGUCUCGGAUGUGGAGCUCCGAGUAGCGUUACCAGAUAUAACAACAGUGACAGUCAGAGUCAAAAAGAACAGCACUACAGACCAGGUGUACCAGGCUGUGGCUGCGAAAGUCGGAAUGGACAGUAUUACCGCAAACUACUUCGCCUUGUUUGAAGUGAUCAAUCACUCCUUUGUGCGCAAACUGGCGCCCAAUGAAUUCCCCCACAAACUCUACGUGCAGAACUACACCUCGGCGGUGCCGGGAACGUGCCUGACCAUCCGAAAAUGGCUGUUCACUACAGAGGAGGAGGUUCUUCUCAAUGACAACGACCUGGCAGUCACCUACUUCUUCCAUCAGGCUGUUGAUGAUGUCAAGAAAGGCUACAUCAAAGCAGAGGAGAAGUCCUACCAGUUACAGAAGCUGUGUGAGCAGAGAAAGAUGGUCAUGUAUUUAAACAUGUUACGGACGUGCGAGGGUUACAACGAGAUCAUCUUCCCCCAUUGCUCCUGCGACUCUCGGCGGAAGGGACAUGUGAUCACAGCCAUCAGCAUUAAGCACUUUAAACUCCAUGCCUGCACAGAGGAGGGCCAGCUGGAGAACCAGGUAAUAGCAUUCGAAUGGGACGAAAUGCAGCGGUGGGACACGGACGAAGAGGGAAUGGCAUUUUGUUUUGAAUACGCACGAGGAGAGAAGAAACCCCGAUGGGUUAAAAUCUUCACCCCCUAUUUCAACUACAUGCACGAGUGCUUCGAACGGGUUUUCUGUGAGCUCAAAUGGAGGAAGGAGGUGGAGGAGGAAGCAACAGACAAGGAUAACAAGAACUGCAGUAAAGACAAUAUGUGCAGCAAGAACAUCUUUCAGAUGGUCAGGUCACAGCAGAGGGACGCGGCCACUUAG